UAUUUAUUCAUUUGCGGUCGCCAUCUUGAAAUUCGAAAGGUGAAGAACAUCUGCCGACUGUCUGCCGAAUGGAAAUUUAGGGAUUGGAGUCGCAAAAUCUUCGCCGAAUUUGCCUUCCAGUUGCUUCUAGCUUUCACCUUCGUCAGGACAUUUGGAUGGAUCCAAGAAGCACCUGGUACCAGCCCGAGCAACUUGGACCAGCUACCGAACUUUGGACGAAUAUUUUCAACAGUGCUACCCGAAGUCUCCGGGACCUUCAAAUGGGCGACGGCAAAUCGGCAAAUAGCGACGGGAAUGGACUGCAUGAUAACGAUGCCAGGACUCGAACCCUCACCCCUCGGGACACGCAGGAUUUUAUCCCUUUAAAUGGAGACACUGGAGUCGAUUUGGCUACAAAACGUUCAGCAGUGAAUCAUGGCUUCCAGAACGGUGAAAGGACUAACUUGAGCAGCAAUAAUUUGUUCAACAAGAGGAGGAAAGACAAUCUGGCUUGCACUUAUGACUGGAACAGUUCGGGAAAGGUUCGCUAUGGUGGAACGCCCUGGUGGUCAAGGCAAACUGUUGGUAAUCAGCUGGUUUCACCGUACCCGGACUUGACCAACCACAAUGUCGGACUUGGCUUAAGCCGUGAGAUUGACGAUUUCUUCUGUUUUAUGUUUCCUCGUGUUGAGGAGCAUCUCAUGCGAAGUGAGGUUGUCCAGAGGAUUGAGGGCAUUGUCAAGAACAUUUGGCCAGAAGCUCGGGUGGAAAUCUAUGGAAGCUAUCGAACUAUGCUGUAUCUGCCAACAAGUGACAUUGACUUGGUGGUGUUUGGGGAUCUGGGGGAUUGCCCAUUCUUCAGGAUUGGUAACGAAUUGGAGAAAAGCCACAUUGCUGAAAUGGGCUCCAUCAAAGUGCUUGACAAAGCUUCGGUUCCUAUUGUGAAGCUGACAGAUGACCAGACUAAGGUCAAGGUGGACAUCAGCUUCAACAUGCGGUCAGGUAUCGCCUGUGCUAAGCUGAUUGAGGACUUUAUCAAGCAGUUUCCAUGCCUACCACAUCUUGUCUUUGUCUUGAAGCAAUUCUUGCUGCAACGAGAACUGAAUGAAGUCUGGACUGGAGGUAUCAGUUCCUACAGUCUGAUCCUCAUGGCCGUCAGUUUUCUUCAGAUGCAUGUACAGCCUGAACCAACCAAUCUUGGUGUGCAGCUCAUUGAAUUCUUUGAGCUGUAUGGUGUCAACUUCAACUACUUCAAGACAGGCAUCAGUGUGAUGGAUAGAGGAUACUACUUCUCCAAGGAUGAUGCUAGAGGGAAGAUGGGCCAAGGAUAUGGUACCUCCUUGCUCUGCAUUGAGGAUCCUUUGAAUCCAGGGACUGACAUAUGCAAGAAUUCCUAUGGUUUCAUGGAGGUACGCAAUGCAUUCCGCUAUGCUUACAGUGUUCUGAAGCAAGCCUUGCUGAAUCAACUUGAUCAAGAGGAGUGCACCGAUAGUAUCCUUGGUCGUAUCAUUCGCAUCACGGAUGAUGUCAUCGAGUACCGACAUUGGAUUCAAAGAAAUUGGGCACACAAAGUUCGCCAGCCUAUGCCCUUCCCCAGCUACAUCACCCACUUCCCACCUCCCACUCAUAUGGUGUCCAGAUACUGGGCGGGGAAUGCUGCUGUACCCGUGAUGAAUGCUACAAUGAACUUCAGCUUGGACAAUACCGUGGACAAUUCUGUGGACGAAAGGGGUGGGGAAGCUACUGAGGAUACCAGUAAUGCUAACACUGAUGUAGGGUUGAUCGGACAGGGUGGCACGGAGUCAGAGUCUCUACAGUCCUCCAUCUCCACACCGGAUGCCUUGUCAAGUGCUAGCGAUACAGAUUCUGAUUUGUCAUCACAUGUAUCUGGCUCUUCCAAAGAGAGUAGAGACAACAGCCCAGACCUACGCAAACCAGCUGACUCUGCCCCCAUAGUGCCAUCUACCGAGGAAGCCACUCAAAGCCAACCACAAAGCAAUGAAGACACCAUCAAGAAAGUUGAGGUGCCCAACCCUGUCAAGGAGAAAGAGAGUAGAACAGUCAAUACUAUCAAUGUCUCAAACCAACCUGCAUCUGAGCCGAAGCCACAGAAAGAGGAAGCUCCGGCUAAGAUGAUGACAACACCCAAGGAGAAGAUCACCGGCAAAGAGGAUGUAGGCAAGCAAUCGCCAGCAACACAGCAACAGUUACACCGGACUACCCCCAACAUGGUUACAUCCAAGACGUAUCGUAACAGCAACCAUCAGCACAACUACCAGCAAGGCAGUAAAUUCCGUAGUAGUAGUGCAGGUGGUAGCAGUAGUAGCCAUGGUGGCAGCAGCGGGAUUCAUACAAGCAGCAGCAAUGUACAUCAAAGCAGCGGCACCAAUGCUAGCAGCAGCAGUAGCCGUGGCAGCAACAACAACAACAACGUCAGCAGCAAGAAGUGCAAGAAGAAGACCAAGCGUGAUGCCAACUCCAAUUCUGUGCGUUGAUGGGUGGAUGUACGUAACAGUGUCAGGAUAUCAUGCUUCUGCUUCAAGAGGAUUGGAAGUUCAAGACUGGCAGAGAAAGCUGUCAAUCGGCCUUGAGGCAAACACACUCGACAAGCAUAGAUGGUGCAGUGCUACAUCUCUGCAUUGCUUUACCAUGAUAGGAGCAAUACUGAAUUCAUCACAGCAGGUGAAUCAGUUAUAUUUCCUUUCUAAUAACUUGGUAAGACCAAAAUUACUGAAAAGCAAAUCUUUGUUUUUUUUGUGUAGCCUUGUCGAGGUUCCUGUAGAAACAUUUGUAAAUGGUUCCCUUGAAGCUCUUAAGUUACUUGUGUAUUGAAAUAACCAUAUAAGCUACAUCACCGCCUUAACAUCCAUUUUUAUGGUAACCAUUUUUUCUCUUGUCUAUAGACAUCUCAACGCCCAUACUAGAACAACUUCUGACAAACAACAACUAGGACCGUAUCAGACUUGUAUAUUUUUGUAACCGGGUGCAAUAAGCCAGUUGUACAUUGUGUCUGACUUUAUUUAUGCAUCACUGUCUAUGCAACAAUUGAAGUACUUGUUGCGCUUAAAAAAUAAAAUUGUACAAAAAAGCAAAAAAAAAGACUCAUGAUGAAACGCGUGAAUAAGGUGCUGCCAUGUUGUACAUAAGGGAAUGGCAUGUUGAUUUGGGUGUCCAAGAAAAGUUCCGAGAUCAUUCUUGGAUUGAACAAGGGAAAAAGAUGUGAAGCUUUGUAAAUUAAAGAAUAUAUUUUUAGAAGUUGAUUUUAUUUUGUGAUUCUGUUUCUUUUAUGUUCAACCAACGGUAGUAUGCUUGUGCUGCACUUCAUUGCCAUACUUGUUCACAGACACAAUGAAGGUACUUCAAUUCAUUUCUGAUGAAUGAACCAGUAAGAUUUAUUCACCACCUACGUGUAUUUAAUGUGGAAGUAAUCGACAGUUUCAGCCAGUUUGAGUCCAUUUUGCAUAGAAUUCUGAUCUUGUGUAGCUUAUAUUUGAUUUCUUUUGUUUGUUUUGAAAAAUGACAAAGAUGAAAUGGACUAUAGGAGGAUUUUGUUGUUGCACCUGUUGAAACCAAGCAAGAAGAAUCAGAACUUGUAAUGUCUUCUUCAACAAGUUCUAAACUUUUUCUUUUGGUCUUUGUUUUCCCUGUACCAAAAAUUUAAAAGGCAGUAAAUGAUCACAUUUGCAUGCAAUCCAGUUGAAGACAUUAGGAGUAGAUGUUAAGAGUAAGAACAUAUCUGUUGGCGGUCAGGUUUUUGCUUGACUUGAAAAUUAAUGUGAUCCAUCAGCUAAGCUAGGCAAGACGGAAGUGGCUAAGAUAAAAUAGUGCUAUUUAGUUAUAAACGGAUACCUAUUAUUUUUUGUUAAGUAGCCAGUAAACUGUUAUUCAUUGAAAGCAACAUUGAUAAAAUUCAGCUGAAUCACAAAGGGUUUGUAUUUUUGACAGAAGUGCUUGUCACUUCUUAAUGCUAGGUUCAGUUUUCAUUUUUUGUUUUUACUUCUCCUGUAUCUUACCUGGCUAGCUCACAUCAGAGUUAGCAGUUUAUCAACUAACAUUGCUGGCAAUGUAAUAAGGUUUCUAUUUGCACAGUGUGAUGAACUUGAUCUUGUAAGGAUGACUGAUUGUCUGUGAAACCAUUAAGAAAGAAGUGCAAAAUCUCUUUGGGAGGAUUCAAACCCCUAAUCUUCCACUGUCAGUGCAGUUGUCUUAACGGUGAGACUACCACUAGUACAUAACCACGUUUUAAGCUGCACAGUUCUGGAUGCGCCUACACAUAUUUGUACUUAAAACUCAGGUAUGCGGUAAUUUAUUGGAUUAAUGCUUUUUCUGUUUGUAGAAUUGAGUACAAUAAGUACAUGUAAGAGGUAUUUCCCAUAAGUGAAUUCUUAAUUUGGAAAUGAACUAAAGAUUUGCAUGCAUUGUAAGUCAUAAAGUCUUUAUCUAUGUUUGACUUGUAUGGUUCUUCUGACAGUUUUUGCCAUGAUACUGUUGAAAUGAGUUCUUCACAUUGCCCAAAAAAAAAAAACUUCAAAAAGUGAAAAGAAUGAGAAAAAAAACAGACAGUUGUAGGCUGCAAUUUCUGUAAUUCCUUGGAACUGUAUUUUUGAAGUUUCAUUUCUGUUUUUCAAGAAGUAUUUAGAGUAGUAAAAACAUUCAUAUCCUC